GGUCUAUAAAGAAAUGAACAGUACCAACACACACGAUAAUAAUAACUCUAACGUUAAAAUGUAUUCAAACGAUAUAGAAGAUAAUUUAAAUUGCUUGGAUCAAUUUAGAUUUAUUGAUGGUCGAAGAUUUCAUAACGAAGAUAAUGCUAAUUAUUAUUUUCCUAAUGAUAAACAAGAAUCUGAUAGAUUACGAACUCAACAUUUUUGGGUUUAUGAAAUUUGGAAAGGAAAUCUUUCUUCACCAAUCAAACAGAGAUUAGAAAAAGGAAAUAUGUCUGUACUUGAUAUUGGUUGUGGUGAUGGAACUUGGAUUCUUGAUUGUAGUACUACUUAUCCAAAUUCUACUUUCGUUGGAGUUGACUUUUCUCCAAUGUUUCCUUCACCAAGUAGCUGUCCUCCUAAUGCCGGAUUUUUACAACACAAUGUUCUUGAGGGUUUACCUUUUCCUGAAAAUACUUUUGAUUUUGUAUUUUUGAGAUUUAUGUCUACAUUUACCCAACGAAGUUGGGAACAACUGAUAUGUGAGGUUAUAAGAGUACUUAAAUAUGAUGGAUGGGUAGAAAUUAUGGAUUUUGUUCCUGAAUCUAUGAAUGUUGGCCCUACAUCAAAAUUACUGUCUAAUUCAU